AUGAAAGUGGUAGUGGCGAUAUUGGGGUGCCUCCUAUUGGUGGCCUCCAGUGAUGCUUACAACGAAGUCUGCAUUGGUGUGCCGAACCUUACGUACGUAAGAAGUCCACAGGCAUGCUAUCUCUACUACGCAUGCAUCGAUGGGCAGGCAUACGGAUACACUUGCCCGGACGAGCUUUGGUUCUCGCUGGAAUUGCAGCGCUGUGUGCCCCAGGACGAGUCCGACUGUGACAUUGAACAGCCACCGGAACUUCCGGCUGCUCCCCCGAGGCCACCGUCUCCCGAGUGCACGGACGUAGACGAUUUCACUUACUUGCCAAGUGAUACAUCUUGCCAGUUCUACUAUCAAUGUAUCGAUAAUUUCGCCUACCUGCUGUCAUGUCCUCGUGGAUACUGGUUCAGCGUAUCGCUGGGCCGCUGUGGAAAUCGGUAUGAGGUAGAGUGCGAUUUGGAGGUUCCUGAAUCAACCCCCAAUCCUCCUAAUCCCCCUGGAAACCUUUGUUUCGGUCGACCAAACUUUUCCAACGUUCGCGAUCCUCAAUUUUGCCAUCGGUUCUACUAUUGCCUGAACGGGUCACCAUUCCCAAUGGUAUGCCAGAAUGGGUUCUUGUUCGAUGAAACUGCUCAAAAUUGCAUCCCUGAGGAAGAGGCACAAUGUAACGAAGUACCACCACCGGCUCCUCCUACCUCUGGCAUCUGUAGCAGUGUCGCCGAUGGUCAGAUGGUCCUCAAUCCUAUAUACUGUAAUCUGUACUACGUCUGUGUGGAUGAAACCGCUUUUCCAUCGGUGUGUCCUGACGGUGAAUGGUUUGAUACGGAAACUCAGGAAUGUGGCCAACCAAUGGAUGUGUUCUGUCCGAACGGCCCCCAGACCACACCGACGCCAAACGUCUGCGUGGACACCGAGGAUGGAGACUACGUGGCAAGCCCUCAAAGGUGCGAAGCAUAUUACGUCUGCUCCGGCGGUAUUGGCUACAUUCUGUACUGCCCACCCGGACUUUGGUUCGACCAAGUUACGCGAGAGUGCAUAAAUCCGGCCGAAGCCAUCUGCAACGUACCGACACCACCCACACCCAACACCACGCCGACGAUCCCACCAACCAUCCCACCGACGGGACCACCGGAGGAAGGCAAUCAAAUGUGCAACGGAGUAGCAAACAACGUCAACCUUCCAAGCCCGGAUGAUUGUUCUCGCUUCUACAUCUGCUUUAAUGGAGGCGCGUAUCCGAGCAACUGCCUUGGCGGCUUAUGGUUCAAUCCCGAAACUUCGCUCUGCGAUUUGCCUGAGAAUGUCGAUUGCGAUGUGGUGAUUCCCUGUAUUGAUGGUAAUGCGUACCCGCAGGUGUGUUCCGAUGAUCUGUGGUUUUCAAACGAGCAACAACGCUGCGUCACAAAGGAAGAAUCUGAUUGUACGUUGACCGACCCACCCGCAUUACCAGAGGCACCUGAACCGGAACCAUCACCAUUGUGCGCUGGUGUGUCUAACUUCCGCUACGUGGCAGCAACCGACUCAUGCCAAUGGUACUACCAAUGCAUCGAUGGUAUUGCCUAUCUCAUUUCCUGCCCACUGUACUACUGGUUCGACGAGAACAUGCAACGCUGUGGAACUCGCUACGACGUGCAGUGUGACCGCGAGGGAUCAACCACCACCAUUAUUCCCACACCACCGACCGUUGACCCACUCGAGCUAUGUGAUGAUCUACCGGACUUCACGCUUGUCCCCAGUGCAUCCCUUUGUGAUAGAUAUUACUCAUGCUACCAGGGGAAUCCCUAUCCACAAAACUGUCUACCUGGUCUGUGGUUCAAUCCGGACACAUUGGAAUGUGACGAUCCGGAAAAUGUGGAGGUCAAUUUACCAAGUAGCUUAAAAAUGAAGAAAAAUCUUGCGUUUUAUGUGGUUCUUCUGUGCUGUCUUAUUGGUGGCUCCCUACAACAUUCUUCGUCAUCUUCGUCCAGCAGUGAGUCCAACGAGUCGAACGGGAACGGUCGACCACCAUGGGUUUCAACCGGGCGCCCACCAUGGGUCUCUACCGGCCGACCACCAGUGAAUCGAGACCGUUGUAAUGGAGUUGCAGACGGAACGCUCUUCCCAGCACCAAAUUGUGCCAACUUUAUCCUUUGUGAAGGGGGACGUGACGUUCAGACCGCUUGCGUGCCAGAAGGGACGCUGUUCGAUUACGAACGUGGAGUUUGCGACCACCCGGAGUUCGUAACCUGCUACGCCCAAGAAAAUCGCUGCACGGGCCGCGUCAAUGGAACGCUCAUCCCAGCGCAGGAAUGCUCCAACUUCAUCAUCUGCAUGAACGAGCUGGAAACCGAGGAGGUAUCCUGUGUUCCGGACGGAACCCUUUUCGACUACCAGCGUGAGGUGUGCGACUUCCCCGAGAACGUUCUAUGCUGGGAGAGCGAUAUGUGUGCUGGGCGGCCCGACGGUUCCCUGGCUCCUUCUCGCAAUUGCAGCAACUUCUUUAUCUGUGAGGACGAGGCUAUCUUCGAGGAGAUCACCUGCCAACCCAGCGGUACCGUCUUCGACUGGGAACGGGAGGUCUGCGAUCAUCCAGAAAAUGUGAAAUGUUGGGAGUCGGGCUCGAAUGGAAAUAGUACGGAACGACCACCAUCAUCGACCGCGUCACCGACACGACCACCGCUGGAUACCAACGUUCCAAAUGAUAUUUGCCGGGGCGUUACCGUCGGAAUGAUCGCACAUCCUACUAACUGCGGACAGUACGUGAUCUGUGUGCUUGGACAACCAACGGUUCAGUACUGCCCUGACGACUUCAUCUUUAUUCCCGAACUUUCCACCUGUGGCUUCGGUGAUGCUAGCUCUUGUCAAGCUAGCCGGACGUGGGUAGAAGUGUACAAGAGGGUCGUUUCGUACGUUCACUAA